GGUGUGUCGUCACUUCCGUCAGACAUUCAACAUGGAGUCGACAGGCUUGAAGCUGAGUUUCUGGGAGAACGGACCAAAGCCCGGCCAGUUUUACUCUUUCCCCGACGGCAGCAGCAGCAGCGGGUCGGCAGCAUCAUGCGGGCCGGUCAGACACACACUGAACCCAAUGGUCACGGGAACGUCGGUGCUCGGUGUGAAGUUCACCGGUGGCGUCAUCAUCGCGGCGGACAUGUUGGGCUCGUACGGCUCUCUGGCUCGCUUCAGGAACAUCUCACGUCUCAUGAAGGUGAACGGUAACACCAUCCUUGGAGCGUCCGGAGACUACGCCGACUACCAGUACCUCAAACAGAUCAUCGAACAGAUGGUUAUUGAUGAGGAGCUGCUGGGUGACGGUCACAGCUACAGUCCCAAGGCGGUUCACUCCUGGCUCACCAGAGUCAUGUACAACCGGCGCUGCAAGAUGAAUCCUCUGUGGAACACCGUGGUGAUCGGAGGCUUCUACAACGGAGAGAGUUUUCUAGGUUACGUGGACAAGCUGGGCGUGGCCUAUGAGGCGCCCACGGUGGCCACAGGCUUUGGAGCGUACCUGGCUCAGCCUCUGAUGAGGGAGGUGGUGGAGAACAAGGUGGAGAUCACUAAGCAGGAGGCUCGGGAUCUGGUGGAGCGCUGCCUCAAAGUGCUUUACUACAGAGACGCUCGCUCCUACAACAGAUACGAGAUCGCCAUCGUAACAGAGGAGGGCGUGGAGAUCGUCGGUCCGCUGUCCUCUGAGACCAACUGGGACAUCGCUCACAUGGUCAGCGGGUUCGAAUGAAGACGAGCUGCGACUGAUGAAGCCUCGUCACAAGCAGCCGCUCGCAGACGUCUGAUCCCAGUUUAGAUUUUUUUCUGAUGUUCAUUGUAACUUUUGUAUAAUGGAAAAUAAAUGUGAUGAAUCCCA